AUGCCAAGGGCAGUGAAUCCCUGGAAGAUAGGCCCGCAUGUCUCUUCGGCAGGUGGAAUAGAGAAUAGCAUCAUUAACGCUGCCGCGGUUGGUGCGAACGCGUUCGCGAUCUUUCUCAAGUCCCAGAGGAAAUGGCAGUCAAACCCCCUCAAGGAGGAAUCUAUUGCGAAGUUCAAGACGCGCAUGAAGGCAUUCGGAUACUCUCCGUCCCAUAUCCUGCCUCACGGGAGCUACCUCGUGAACCUUGGCAACCCAGACAAAGAAAAGAGGGACAAGUCUUACGAGUGUUUUCUGGACGACCUCAAACGGUGCGAAGAGUUGGGGUUGCUGUUGUAUAACUUCCACCCGGGCUCAACGGUCGGCGUCGCUACACUAGAGGAAUCUCAAGCCCUCAUCGCCGAGUGCAUCAAUCGCGCUCAUAAGGAAACAGAGCGCGUUGUUGUCGUACUAGAGAACAUGGCUGGUGCAGGCAACGUGAUAGGAGGCCAAUUCUCAGACUUAGGUGGUAUUAUCAAACACGUUGAAGAAAGGACUCGAGUCGGCGUCUGUCUGGAUACUUGUAUGCGUACUUGUCGUCGAAGUCUUAUACUUACUCAACCCCUUCUGCAGGCCACAUUGGACGACUUCGACAGCGAAGUCGGCCUGUCCUUCCUCCGCGGCAUGCACAUCAACGACUCCAAAGGCGCGCUAGGGAGCAAGAGAGACCGGCACGAGAACAUCGGCCUGGGACAUCUUGGCCUGCAGACAUUCGCGCACGUCCUCUCGGACCCGCGCACGCGCGACAUCCCGCUCAUCCUGGAGACGCCUGCAUACGACGUCCCUGCGUCCUCUGGGGCGGCGAGGGAUAGGCUUGCGAAGGAGGGAAUGGGAGUAUGGCGCACGGAGGUGUCAGUGCUAAACCGCCUCUCGGGGCGCCUCGGACAUGUUGAUGGUGCGGAUACGGCGGCAGGUGAGGGGGAGAUCAAAGAUAGCGAGUUCGACGCUUGGAGGGAGGAGAUCCGGGAUGCUGUAAGGGUAGCGAGUGCGUUGAAGGAUGCCAAGGGGAAGAAAGAGAAAGGGAAGGAUGAGAAGGGUAAGCAGAAAGGAAAGCGGAAUAGGGGCGAAGAGGAUCAGGAGGAUGAAGAUGAUGGCGUUGAUUGUGAGGAUCACUGGGUAUCGGGCCCAUGA